AUGUAUGCAAAAGAACACCUGUCAUUUGAACCCCGCCGAGCAGAGCAAUGGGUUGAUGAGGUGCUGAAGAUACGGCCUCCAGCUUUUACCAGAGAUUCUUCUGUAGUGGCUAAUCUCCUCUGGAAGGACGAGCAAGAGUUCCAGAAGGUACUCUGCUACUGGUCCUCUCGAUUCAGAGCCAUUUUGACAUCAAAGCUCGAAAACCCCAUUGACCCCAAGUUCGAGAAUUGUUGGUUGGAGUACAUGUCGGCCGAACAGGGUUUCAUUAUAGCGACUCUCGGCAUGGCAUGCGCCUAUGGGCAUAAAUUUAUCGUCCCUCCCUUUUUGAAGUCCUGUCUCCAGGGUAACCCACUGCACCCUCAGGAAGCCUUCAUGGAUGACCGUAUCCGGCCUGCAUACGAGUUUGCGUGGUGGAAUACUCGCAUCACCUUUCCACCAGGGGGCGUCGACCAACUUCUGACAAGGUCAUACAAUUGGUUCAGAUGGAUGGCAAAGGGUGGUUUGCCAAUCAAGUACCCAGACACUGACACCUCCACGCUGACACCGGCCGAAGUUCAGCACAUCAAGACCCAGUUGGAGAAUGCUCGGGAUCGUCUCCUUGAACAUAUCAAGUGUGCUGAGGCUGAGGAAGAGUGGGUCACCAAUGAGAUUUCGGUUUGGGAGGAAAUUGUACAGCAGUCUGCUCUUAUUGACCUAAUGAGGUAUCACAAGAACUGGUUUUCAGCACAUAGAAACCCAGGUGGAGAAAGCCCGGGAUCGGACAAAUUGAGGUCUUUGCCAUCCCCCAUGAGUUCCGGCGGAUUCCGGCGGAUUCCAAGUGGAAUGUCGGAAUUCCAUGGAAUUCCGACGGAAACUAGUUGGCUGGAGCCUCAGCCAUUCUGGUUUCCAAUUCCACAGAAAUUCCAAUGGAAUCCGACGGAAUCUGGUGGAAAUGGUCGGAAUCCGGGAGCCUCCCGGAACAGUUUCCAUUGGAAUCCAUUGGAAUUCCAACCAGAUUCCAUGGAAUUCCAAUGGAAAUGUCACGUGAAGUCCAAGCAGCAAUAUUUCCACUACACCAUACGGCCGUUCAAAUUCUACAAACAUUUAUUCUAUAUAACCCACCCUCACGCCCACCUUCCUAAACGAGUCACGGCGUUUGCCGACGUCACCAUCAGCAUCUCUGUUUUGCUGUCAACCACAACCACAACCAUAACCACAACCACCACCACCGUCGCCGCGACCAGCGCGGUCACCUCGAAUCACGCCCACGCCAGCGGACAACGACGACGACGACGACGACACGUCAGCGACGACGAGGCCGGCCACACGACGACGGACGACGACACGUCAACGCACGACGAGGCCGACGACACGUCAACGCACGACGACGACGGACGACGACGACGCGUCACGUCAACACACGACGACCACGCACGACAC